AUGGAGCAAGAUGACGGCUCUGAACCAACCGCCUGGUUCCAGCCAUCCAUCACCACCACACGCCGCCGUAAUCCAUCAAUCGAACCGGUGAUUCUCAUCCUCCUCCUCCCAAUUCUUGUGUUGCUCCUCCUCUUCUUCUUCCUCCAUCCACUCCAAUCACAUAUUCCAAAAAUCAUCAAACCAACUUUUCUCAAAUCCACUUGGGAUUCACUUAACGUUUUCCUUGUAUUCUUUGCCAUUAUUUGCGGUGUUUUUGCUUCAACGACCAACAACACUUCGACGAUGGCAAACGCCACCAAUCCAGUGAACAAUCUCGUGCCGGAAAGUUAUGAGUAUGAGGAGCACGAGCAGGUUAAUGGUGGAUUAAUAAGAAGCAGCAGAUCGUACCCGGAUCUGAGGCGGGAAUCUGAAUCAUUGAGGGAGAAGGGCGAGAAUGGAAUAAGGUUUUACGAUGAUUCUGAGGUGGAUAUUCAGAAUUCUUCAUCGGUUAACAACCGUUCACCGCGGAUAGGAGGGGGAAAGGAGGAUAUAUAUCGAUAUGAAACGAUCUCCGGUGAUAUCCGCCACCGACCUCGGCGGAGGGAGGCAGAGGAAGUGCAUGCGGAGGGAAGUACUAAAAUCAGUCGAAAUGUGCCGGUGAGCAUGGUACAAUUGCGUCCUCUUUCACCUCCGACCCCACCGCUUUCCGUCAGCGUCAAGACAAGGAGGCGGAGAUCCUGUCGGAGUCUUGGGCGGGAUGAAACGGUCGAUGAUGUUACGAGCCGAAUUGACAAGAUACAGAUAGUAUCCCAAAAUCCUCCAUCUUCAACACUGCCUCCGCCUCCACCUUCGUUGGUGCCAUCGGAGCACCGAUUGCAUCAGAAGCGUGACAAACUUGAAGGGACAUUAAGUGACUCUACAUCGGAACUGGCUACGAAAAUAGAUUCAGUGGAUGAUCAGAGGAAGAGGAAGCGAAAAAGCAGACAGAAACCGACAAAUAUACAGCCGGUCACUCCGUCUAUACAGCCGCUGUUGCUGCCGCAUGCGCCUCCCGUUACGGUGGUUCCGCCGCCUCCACCACUUAGGACCAUUUUCAAUGCCAUAUUUAAGACCGUCCGUAAGACGAAGCGUUUUCCACCAAAAACCUCUCCACCACCAUCACCACCUCCACCUCCGCCAUCUUCAAUCAUCACGGGUUUUUUCAAAACUGGAACGAAAAGCAAGCAUAUCAAUUCCUCCUCCGUUAUUUCUCCACCUCGGAGGUCCACUGUUCCAGUAACACUGAAGCAAGAGUCCAAGCGUAUGAGCCAAAUCAAAUCUCCAUCUCCGCCGUUGCAACGGAAAACAGAAGCUCUCCGCCGGCGUUCUGCGGGCACAGACAAACCGCCUCUACCGACAAAAACAAGCAAUUUCUAUGACAGGGACGAUUUUCUUCUCAGCGGCCCACACUCGCCUAUGAUUCCAAUUCCAACCCCACCACCGCCAGCGAUGAAAUUCGAACUCCGAGGGGAUUCCGUUAAGUCAAGGAGCAUUCAUGAAUCUGUUUGUAGUUCACCGGAGCAUGGACCCGUUGAUUUCCGAUCACCAUCACCAUCAACAUCAACAUCAACAUCAACUGCGAUCGACGUUGGAGAUUCGUUUGGGCCCAGCCCAAUAUCUUUUCCUAGCCCCGACGUGAACGUAAAGGCUGAUAGUUUCAUUUCUAGGCGUAAAGAUGAAUGGAGAAUGGAAAACAUUAAAUUCAAUUAA